AUGAGCACUUAUCAUGUUGACAUUACAGAUGAAGACUCUGUUUGCAUGGAUUUGCUCUAUUAUCCUUCAUUUGUUAUUUUUCAAGACUUUAAUGAAGAUACAAUGUUUACUACAUCAUCGUCAUUAACAUGCGAAAAUGAAACAUAUACAUCAAAAACAACAUAUGUUCGAUAUCUUAGAAAUUAUCAAAAUUAUCCAUUUCCAUGCCACAAAAUAAAAUUCACAUCAGGCUCUAAUACGACUUUAAGAUUCACAGUUUUAUCCGUUCCAGAUAUGUGCAAAGAUGGACUUUACAUUUCAACAAAACAGUCAGAUACACUAGUUCUGUCAACGUCAAAUACAGAUACUCAAUCACUUGACAAAUACACAGAUAAAUGCUUUGUUCCUGCCACUACUGGUCAUUUAGAUGUCUAUUUGAAUUUCACAUCUGAUUCAGAAGAGACUCUUUUCUAUGCAUAUCAUGCUUUCACUAAUUUUUCUGUGCAUACAGCAGAUUUAAAUACUAAAUUUACCUAUAUGGGUCCUCAUUAUUUUAGAAUUCUCGUCGGUUCGGAUUCAAAUAACACAGAUAUUAGCUUUCAUUUUGUUGCUAAAAUGCAUCAAGGAUAUAAUCCAAGAACAGAUUACUUCUUUCAUGAACAAAUAAGUGAUGAUUGUCCUGAUGCAGAAACAUGGGCUACAAAUACAUUAGCUCUAGUAUUUUGUAUACUUGCAGCGGCAUUUUUCAUUAUAGACUUCUUCUGGUUUGCACAUAAAUGUUAUACAGGUGCAGAGAAAUCGAAGACUAAUGAUGAAAAUGCACAUGGAUCAGCAAGACCUAAUGAUUCAACGUUUAGGUCCUCUUUUCUAGCUCUUCUUUAA